AUGGCGCAACGCAGUGGCUUAGGUCAAGGGCUUAUCCUCUUCGUGGCUUCCAAUCAGUCCUCUCCGUUAUACGAUGCAGUGCUUGUAGACGUCGGAGGGACGUUGCUGAAAACCGCCGAGCCCGUUCAAGACACGUACGCCGCAUACGCCGGGAAAUACGGUGUGACUGUAUCGGCAGAAAAAAUAAAGAAGGGAUUCAGACGAGCGUUCGCCGAGCCUUGGCCUCACGGUUUGAGAUACGAGGCACGUUUCUGUGAUCGCGCUAUAAGUAUUAAAGGCGACGGGCGGCCGUUUUGGCGGCAUGCAGUGGCCAUGGCAACAGGCUCGGACAACCGGGUCUUGUUCGAAGACCUCUACCAGCACUAUGAGAAGGCGUCCGCAUGGAGAGUGGCAGACGGUGCCGUGGAUGCUCUCUUGAGACUCAAGCAAGCCAAUGUCCGCCUGGCAAUUGUCUCCAACUUCGACUCCAGAUUGCGCCCGAUUCUGAGGGACCUUCAAGUCGACUCCCUGUUUGACGCCAUCGUCGUAUCAGCGGAAGUUAAAUACGAGAAGCCAUCACCAGAGAUAUUCGCCAUUGCCCUCGGUAAACAGCUCUCUGUUUCUAGAUCGUGGAGGAAGGGAGUUUUGAGUUCUGAGGCGUGUGAAAACGAGAAGCCAUCACCAGAGAUAUUUGCCAUUGCCCUCGGUAAACAGCUCGUUCUUUCCGCUUGGUAG